UGGUACCCCACCUAAACUUUGUUUUAUACUCUGACUUCAGGGAAGAACUCAUCUGAAUCCUGGACAAUGCUGGGCCUUUGCAGGAUUCCCAGGACGUUUAUCCGUCCAAUUGUCCCACAAAGCCACUGUCACUCAUGUGUCGCUGGGUCAUAUUUCUAAGAUGAUAUCCCCAUCUUCCACAAUCUCCAGUGCUCCGAGGGAAUUCUCUGUCUAUGGAAAGAAGGACAUAAACGAUGAGGAGAGUUUCUUGGGAACUUUCCAAUAUGAAGAAGAUGGCAGCAGGAUACAGACCUUCAAACUUCCUGAUGAUAAAACUGACUCCUUCACCCAUGUGAGCCUACAGGUGAACAGCAACUGGGGCCACCCAGACUACACAUGCCUCUAUAACUUUAGAGUGCAUGGAGAACUUGCUGCAUGAAGAGGACACCAUGUUUCAUAUAUGUAUUGUAUUUGUUUAAUGUGUUUACUUUAGUAAAAGUAUUUAUUUAAAGAGUGAAACACAGUCCUCACAACUAGCUGCUGUCAGAACCUGGGAAGAAGUGGCUGGUGUCAAAACUGUUUUUCUUUAUUUCAGAGAUUCUGUUACAGCUUUGUUUUAAUGUGUUUCUUUUUGUGUGUGUGUUUUUUUAUUUUUGCCCUCUUGAAGCCAGUCAGCCUCGGUAGAUGGCUGUUCAUCCUGAGCCUGGUUCUGCUGGAGGUUUCUUCCUUUUAAAGGGAGUUAUCCUCUCCACUGUUGCCUUGUGCUUGCUCAGGAUGGGGGAUCCCUUGGAUUAAACAUCCAUCGCGAUCUGCUGGUGACCCCUCUGCAGA